AUGACAAAACAAUCUCCAAACCACCACACCAAAUUCCUCCUCCUCCUCUUCUUGCUACUAACAAUUGCACGCGGUGCCCGCUGCAGCCCGCCGGACGACCCCAUAACCUGCACGGGGGGCCUCGACAAGACCUACGACUGCACCAUCACCAACUCGUACGGCGCUUUCCCUGACCGCGCCACGUGCCGCUUCGCCAAGGUCGCGUACCCCACCUCCGAGGCCGACGUCAUAUGGGCGGUGGGGAACGCAACUAAAUCGGGCACCAAGAUGAAAGUCGGGACCCGAUACUCGCACAGCAUCCCCAAACUCGUCUGCCCGGACGGGCAAGACGGGAUGGUGAUAAGCACCAAGUACCUCGACCGGGUGCUGAAAGUGGACGUGGAGGAGAUGAGUAUGACGGUCGAGAGUGGGGCCACGCUGAGGAGGGUGAUCGAUGAGGCUGCUCGGUUUGGGAUGGCCCUGCCGUACGCCCCUUACUGGUGGGGGCUGACGGUUGGGGGGAUGCUGGGGACGGGGGCACACGGGAGCUCGCUGUGGGGGCUCGGGAGCCAAGUCCACGACUACGUGACGGGAAUGAGGAUAGUUUCUCCGAGUGGGGUCCGCACGCUAAAGGCCACGGAUCCGGGACUCGAUGCGGCACGGGUCUCUCUUGGGGUGCUCGGGGUUAUUACUCAGGUGACACUUAAACUGCAGCCGUUGUUCAAACGCUCGGUGACGUACGUGACCAAGAAUGACUCGGGGCUUGGAGAUGAUGUUGUGGGUUUUGGGAGGGAGCACGAGUUUGCGGACUUCGUGUGGACCCCAAGUCAAAUGAAAGUAUCCUACAGAAUUGAUGAUCGUGUUGCAGUUAACGAAUCGGGGGAUGGGCUAAAUGAUUUUCCUGGAUUCAGAUCUACCUCAUCGCUUAUUCUCUCAACAUUGAGAGCAAGCGAGGAGACGCAAGAGUCCCUGGGCGAUGCAAAUGGAAAAUGCAUAAAUGGAAUAUUCACAACGUCUGCCUUAAGGACUACCGCUUUUGGACUAACAAACAAUGGCAUUUUGUUCACGGGCUACCCGGUGAUCGGGUACCAAAACCGCAUCCAGGCAUCUGGCACGUGCCUUGACAGCCCUCAGGAUGCGGACCUCACUGCGUGCCCGUGGGACCCGCGCAUCAAAGGCCUAUUCUUCCACCAAACCACCUUCAGCAUCGCCCUUCCCAAAGCCAAGCCCUUCAUCCAAGACAUCCGCACGCUCGUGAAGCUCGAGCCUAAGUCCCUCUGUGGGCUGGACCUCAACAAUGGCAUCCUCAUGAGGUAUGUAACGGCCUCCUCCGCCUAUCUGGGAAAACAAGAGGACUCCAUCGACUUUGACCUCACGUACUACAGGGCAAGGGACCCGAUGAGCCCGAGGUUGUUUGAAGACAUCCUGGAGGAAAUCGAACAGAUGGCCGUCUUUAAAUACGGUGCAUUGCCUCAUUGGGGCAAAAAUAGAAAUGUGGCUUUUGUAGGGGCAAUUAAUAAGUAUAGAAAUGCGGACAAGUUUCUUAAGGUGAAAGCGGAGUAUGACCCAUUGGGUUUGUUUUCGAGCGAGUGGACUGAUCAAGUUCUCGGGUUAAAGGAGGGUCUGAGUGUAGAAAGAGAGGGGUGCGCAUUGGAAGGCUUGUGUGUGUGCUCACAGGAUAUUCACUGUGCCCCAAGUAAGGGCUAUUUUUGUAGAGCGGGCAAGGUUUAUGGAAAAGCAAGAGUUUGUUCUAAAGUUAAAGGCAUCAUUUCUUAAGGGAGGUUGUCGUGUACUUGUGCUGCUUACUCUGAAAUACUUUUUCACUCUCACUUUUCAGAAUUUUAUACACAAAAUAAUGUACUUCUUGUCAAGUUCAGUUAUAGGACACAUUAUUUUGGUACAGUUCUGGUUUCAUA